ACGGUACCGAAAAAUGUGUUGAGGUUCAGUUCCCAGCCCGAUAGGUCAUGAGCUAAGAAGAUCUGAUUCAUCCUCUUUAAACUUUUCUCUUCCUCUUAUCAAAGAUGUGAUUUCCUGAUAAACUGUAUAGUAUGAAAACAUGGCAGCUAAGGGGCUUAGAUGCAGUGAGAAGAAAUAUAUGUUAUAUACACUGGAAUGACUACCUGAGCAUGUAUGUGUUUUUAAUGAGCAAGUCUGAUCUUUCAAACUGCUGCCUUUGACCAGAACUGUGGAGCUUCAAAAUGAUGUUUCCCACUUCUUUGUACGCAGCAUUAAGUCAAGAAUAAGUGGCUUUACAUUUCCAUCACUACAGAAGUCUUGAAACCAGAAAAAAUAUUGUGAAAUACAAACUGUCUUGCUUUUUACUUCGUUCACUGGUCUUUUACAAUAAUCUGUUGCGUACUAGAGGUUUUCUGUAUGAAUUCAACUUGGUGCCUGUGUGUUGGUUUGGAAAACAAUUGGUGUAGUUUAUUUAUCUUUGCUGAUUUCACCUCAAAUAGUAAGGACAUAUUAUUAGGGUAACAUUAAGAAAUCCUACAACCAUUGACUCAUUUGCUUUCUAGUAAAAUCUGCAAAAUUGAUAGCUCUUGCAAUGCAACAUUAAUUGAUGAAGUCAAAUUCAACAUUAAAUUAUCGACAGACUGCAGAAUAACACCUAUAUUAUCAGCUUCUGGAUGUGAAGAGCUGCUGUAACUGGGAGCUCUAUUUUUGUUUUGGAAGAACUGGAAAAGCUUAAAAUGACGCAGAGGAAUGACAGUCAUCGUGGUGAAGGCUGGUGUGGUGGCUGCACCGCCUGGUCUUCACAGACAGCAGUGAGGCCCCCGUUAGACUAGUUGCUCUUUGGUUCGCUGGUGCACUGCAGGUGUUAGCAGUAUAAUGGAGGACUCUCAACCUCUAGUGAGGUCGGAGGAGAGGAGGCCAAACAGCCACUACAGAUGGAGCGCUCCAACCCUGGAGUCAAAGAUGGUGGAGGACUUCAGACGAAGGCUUAAGUACUUCUUCAUGAACCCCUGUGAGAAAUACAAAGCCAGGGGUCGCAAGCCAUGGAAACUGAUGUUGCAAAUAUUAAAAAUUGCCAUCAUCACAAUCCAGUUAGUGUCCUUUGGCCUGAGCAACGAGAUGAUGGUCACCUUCAAAGAUGAAAAUCUGAUGACUUUCAGACAUCUGUUCCUCAAAGCAUACAAAGAUCACCGGCUGGGAAGCUAUGCACUGUACACGAAAGCAGAUGUGUAUGAUCACAUCUACUACAUUAUCAACAAGUACAUCAAUCUCCAGAACCUGACAGUGAGUAAUCUUGCAUACAAGAGGGUUGAUGGCGAGUACACUCCUCUGUCCGUCUGUCAGGAGUUUUACAGAAACAGCAGCAUUGAUCCUGACAAUGAGACCUUUGACAUUGAUCCACAUGUUGAUAAAGACUGUGUUUCCAUAUACCCUAUGCAGUUGUUUGACAACAGCAGUUUGGCCACACACUUCAACUUCUCUCUAGAUUUCAAAAGGCUGCUCUCAGUGAGCAUCUACCUAAUGCUGAAAACCAUCAAUCUGCAGACUGUGCGGCACCAUGAGCUCCCAGACUGUUAUGACUUCCAUAUAAUGAUCAUUUUUGACAACCGUGCACACAGCGGACAGAUAAAGGUUGAUGUUGAAAACGAUGUUAGAAUUUACGAAUGCAGAGACUGGAACGUGGAGGGCAGUUCUGGGAAGAACGAUUAUCUCCUCUUGUGGUUUGACUCCAUGGUCAUCCUCGCUUGUUUCAUCUCUCUCAUCCUCUGCACACGAUCUGUAAUCAAUGGCAUCCAACUUCAGUUUGAGUUCAACAUAUUCUUCCAUGCGUACUACAAUAAAAUUGUCACUUGGUCAGACCGCAUGGAGUUUGUGAAUGGCUGGUAUAUCCUUAUCAUUGUCAGCGACACAUUGUCCAUCGCUGGGUCAGCGCUCAAAAUUGGAAUACAAACAAAGUUCCUGACAAACUAUGAUGUCUGUAGUAUCUUGCUGGGAACUGCCACAAUGCUUGUCUGGGUCGGUGUGAUUCGUUACCUUGGUUUCUUCAAGAAAUACAAUAUUUUAAUCUUAACCCUGAGAGCGGCUUUCCCAAAUGUGAUCCGAUUCUGCUGUUGCGCAGCCAUGAUCUACCUUGGGUACUGCUUCUGUGGUUGGAUUGUGCUCGGGCCUUACCAUGACAAAUUCCGGACGCUCGACAGGGUGACAGAGUGCCUCUUCUCGCUCAUCAACGGGGACGACAUGUACGCCACCUUCCUGAAGAUGAGAGACAAGAGCUACAUGGUGUGGCUUUUCAGCAGACUCUACCUCUACUCCUUCAUCUCCCUCUUCAUCUACAUGGUGCUCAGCCUGUUCAUCGCUCUCAUCACCGACACCUACGAGACCAUCAAGCAUCACCAGCAAGACAAGGCGCCGGUGUCCCAGCUUCAGGCCUUCAUAGCAGAGUGCAGGGACCAGCCGGAGUCUGGAAGAUACCAGACUGAUGAAGAGCCAGCGUCCUGCUGCCUCUCCCCAUGCUGCCGCUUUGGAUGAAGUGAGGAGAUGUAGCAUGUGCCUCCGCCAAGUGUGGGCCGAGAGUCAGCAUCUUACUCAAGUAGAAGGUUUUACUUGACUUGCUGAAAGCUGCUGAAGUAAAAUACAAAACCUUUGGUUGAAGACUAUUAUAUGGUCACCUUGAAAGAGCCAAUGUGGUAUCCUCAAGGUAACAAUUACAAGGUAUCCAGUAUUAAUAUGCAUUACCAGCCAUUUCCUCUUCAAUCCAGUGAUAGGUAACUUUUCCUUUCUAGAAAGAUUUCCUAGAGAUUACAUUACGCAGGGAAAGAAAACUUCAGUGCAAAUUUAAGAGGAAUUCUUUUCCAGACCGCACAAUAACAACAUAACUGUACAAGCAGUUGAGUACGAUGCUUCAUUAAAAACCUACAUGAAUUAAAGUAGGUUUUACUGAUUUUAAAAGGAAACCUAUCCUCAAUGUACUAUAUAAUGAAAAACGCUACUCAGAAACAAUACAGUAAAUUGUAAUUUGUUG